AUGACGAGAAAUGGUGCACUGAAACCCCAAAUGAGAAGCGAACAUAAAAACACCCAUUGCUGCAUUUCCCGGGAGUUCUCCGCAGCGGCGGCCAACAACGCCAACAAAAUCGCCGUUGUACACGCCUCCGGUGGGGCCCUCAUUUCCCCACAACUCCGUACCCGCACCUCCAUCACAGAGGAUGCUGCUCCUGCUCUCGUCCGGCAGUUCCUCUAUGACGGCGAUCACUCCUUCACCUACUCCCAUCUCAUCUCAGCCGUCGGUUCACUCACCUCCCAGCUCCUCUCCACCCCUCGACUUUCCUGUGAUUACAACAAGCCCAGCCGGAGAAUCUUCGGCUUAUACAUGCCGCCCUCGGCGGAGUACAUAGUGUCCGUGCUUUCAGUUUUGAGGUGCGGAGAGGCCUUUCUGCCUCUGGACCCUUCGUGGCCCAAACAGAGGCUACUUUCAGUAAUUUCCUCGGCCAAUGUCGACCUCAUCAUCGCCUGCAGGACGCCGUUCGGGUUUGAAUCCGACUCGAAUUGGCCACCCGUGGCCUGCGGUGGUCGCGUUUUGUGGUUCUCAAUGGAAGAGCGUAAAAAUGGAGGGAUCGAUUGGGAUUGGGCGUGCAAAUGUGAGAGUGUGAAGGAGAGGCCGUGCUGGUGUUAUUUGAUGUACACUUCGGGUUCGACUGGGAAACCGAAAGGUGUGUGUGGAACUGAGCAAGGUCUUUUGAAUCGGUUUCUAUGGAUGCAAGAGUUGUAUCCACUGUUUGGGGACGAGGUUUUGUUGUUCAAGACAGGGAUAAGCUUUGUUGAUCACCUGCAAGAGUUUCUUAGCGCUAUUCUCACUGGUUGUACUUUGGUUAUACCUCCUUUCAAUCACCUUAAGCGCAAUGUGUUUUCGCUUGUCGAUUUUCUACAGGCUUACUGUGUCAAUAGACUUACUGCUGUUCCAUCACUUAUGAGAGCAAUCCUUCCUUCCUUACAAGGUCGAGAUGACAAGCAGCUUCCAAGGUCAUUGGAUUUGUUAGUGUUAAGCGGCGAAGUUUUGCCUUUAUCCUUAUGGGAUAUGCUCUCCAAGAUAUUACCGAGGACCACUAUUUUGAAUUUGUAUGGGAGUACCGAGGCUGCCUUCAUAAACACGAAUCUUUACUAUCUGGAGUGCAGUUUCCUUUGUGGGAUAUGUGAUGCUUGUAUCAGGAAAGAAUUUUAA